GUUUAUUAUUAUUAUUAUUAUUUUUAAUAUUUUAUCUUUUUUGGGAGGGGGGACGGGGGGGGCGUAUGACAGGAAGAUGGGGAUAUGGAGAGGAGAGGGGGAUAUGGAGAGGAGGAGGAGGAUGUGGACGAGGAGGACGACGAGGAUAGCGAGGACGAGGAGGAGGAGGAUUCGAGAUGGACGGAGGGAAAAGAGGAAGGGCAGGAGGAGGAGGACGAGUGGGAGGAGGAGGAGACAUGGACGGCGAGGAAGGGGAGGACACGAGGAGGCAUGGAAGAUGAGGAAGUACGAGGAGGAGGAGGAGACAAGGAGGAUGAGGAAGGGCAGGAGGAGGAGGACGAGUGGGAGGAGGAGGAGACAUGGACGGCGAGGAAGGGGAGGACACGAGGAGGCAUGGAAGAUGAGGAAGUACGAGGAGGAGGAGGAGACAAGGAGGAUGAGGAAGGGCAGGAGGAGGAGGACGAGUGGGAGGAGGAGGAGACAUGGACGGCGAGGAAGGGGAGGACACGAGGAGGCAUGGAAGAUGAGGAAGUACGAGGAGGAGGAGGAGACAAGGAGGAUGAGGAAGGGCAGGAGGAGGAGGACGAGUGGGAGGAGGAGGAGACAUGGACGGCGAGGAAGGGGAGGACACGAGGAGGCAUGGAAGAUGAGGAAGUACGAGGAGGAGGAGGAGACAAGGAGGAUGAGGAAGGGCAGGAGGAGGAGGACGAGUGGGAGGAGGAGGAGACAUGGACGGCGAGGAAGGGGAGGACACGAGGAGGCAUGGAAGAUGAGGAAGUACGAGGAGGAGGAGGAGACAAGGAGGAUGAGGAAGGGCAGGAGGAGGAGGACGAGUGGGAGGAGGAGGAGACAUGGACGGCGAGGAAGGGGAGGACACGAGGAGGCAUGGAAGAUGAGGAAGUACGAGGAGGAGGAGGAGACAAGGAGGAUGAGGAAGGGCAGGAGGAGGAGGACGAGUGGGAGGAGGAGGAGACAUGGACGGCGAGGAAGGGGAGGACACGAGGAGGCAUGGAAGAUGAGGAAGUACGAGGAGGAGGAGGAGACAAGGAGGAUGAGGAAGGGCAGGAGGAGGAGGACGAGUGGGAGGAGGAGGAGACAUGGACGGCGAGGAAGGGGAGGACACGAGGAGGCAUGGAAGAUGAGGAAGUACGAGGAGGAGGAGGAGACAAGGAGGAUGAGGAAGGGCAGGAGGAGGAGGACGAGUGGGAGGAGGAGGAGACAUGGACGGCGAGGAAGGGGAGGACACGAGGAGGCAUGGAAGAUGAGGAAGUACGAGGAGGAGGAGGAGACAAGGAGGAUGAGGAAGGGCAGGAGGAGGAGGACGAGUGGGAGGAGGAGGAGACAUGGACGGCGAGGAAGGGGAGGACACGAGGAGGCAUGGAAGAUGAGGAAGUACGAGGAGGAGGAGGAGACAAGGAGGAUGAGGAAGGGCAGGAGGAGGAGGACGAGUGGGAGGAGGAGGAGACAUGGACGGCGAGGAAGGGGAGGACACGAGGAGGCAUGGAAGAUGAGGAAGUACGAGGAGGAGGAGGAGACAAGGAGGAUGAGGAAGGGCAGGAGGAGGAGGACGAGUGGGAGGAGGAGGAGACAUGGACGGCGAGGAAGGGGAGGACACGAGGAGGCAUGGAAGAUGAGGAAGUACGAGGAGGAGGAGGAGACAAGGAGGAUGAGGAAGGGCAGGAGGAGGAGGACGAGUGGGAGGAGGAGGAGACAUGGACGGCGAGGAAGGGGAGGACACGAGGAGGCAUGGAAGAUGAGGAAGUACGAGGAGGAGGAGGAGACAAGGAGGAUGAGGAAGGGCAGGAGGAGGAGGACGAGUGGGAGGAGGAGGAGACAUGGACGGCGAGGAAGGGGAGGACACGAGGAGGCAUGGAAGAUGAGGAAGUACGAGGAGGAGGAGGAGACAAGGAGGAUGAGGAAGGGCAGGAGGAGGAGGACGAGUGGGAGGAGGAGGAGACAUGGACGGCGAGGAAGGGGAGGACACGAGGAGGCAUGGAAGAUGAGGAAGUACGAGGAGGAGGAGGAGACAAGGAGGAUGAGGAAGGGCAGGAGGAGGAGGACGAGUGGGAGGAGGAGGAGACAUGGACGGCGAGGAAGGGGAGGACACGAGGAGGCAUGGAAGAUGAGGAAGUACGAGGAGGAGGAGGAGACAAGGAGGAUGAGGAAGGGCAGGAGGAGGAGGACGAGUGGGAGGAGGAGGAGACAUGGACGGCGAGGAAGGGGAGGACACGAGGAGGCAUGGAAGAUGAGGAAGUACGAGGAGGAGGAGGAGACAAGGAGGAUGAGGAAGGGCAGGAGGAGGAGGACGAGUGGGAGGAGGAGGAGACAUGGACGGCGAGGAAGGGGAGGACACGAGGAGGCAUGGAAGAUGAGGAAGUACGAGGAGGAGGAGGAGACAAGGAGGAUGAGGAAGGGCAGGAGGAGGAGGACGAGUGGGAGGAGGAGGAGACAUGGACGGCGAGGAAGGGGAGGACACGAGGAGGCAUGGAAGAUGAGGAAGUACGAGGAGGAGGAGGAGACAAGGAGGAUGAGGAAGGGCAGGAGGAGGAGGACGAGUGGGAGGAGGAGGAGACAUGGACGGCGAGGAAGGGGAGGACACGAGGAGGCAUGGAAGAUGAGGAAGUACGAGGAGGAGGAGGAGACAAGGAGGAUGAGGAAGGGCAGGAGGAGGAGGACGAGUGGGAGGAGGAGGAGACAUGGACGGCGAGGAAGGGGAGGACACGAGGAGGCAUGGAAGAUGAGGAAGUACGAGGAGGAGGAGGAGACAAGGAGGAUGAGGAAGGGCAGGAGGAGGAGGACGAGUGGGAGGAGGAGGAGACAUGGACGGCGAGGAAGGGGAGGACACGAGGAGGCAUGGAAGAUGAGGAAGUACGAGGAGGAGGAGGAGACAAGGAGGAUGAGGAAGGGCAGGAGGAGGAGGACGAGUGGGAGGAGGAGGAGACAUGGACGGCGAGGAAGGGGAGGACACGAGGAGGCAUGGAAGAUGAGGAAGUACGAGGAGGAGGAGGAGACAAGGAGGAUGAGGAAGGGCAGGAGGAGGAGGACGAGUGGGAGGAGGAGGAGACAUGGACGGCGAGGAAGGGGAGGACACGAGGAGGCAUGGAAGAUGAGGAAGUACGAGGAGGAGGAGGAGACAAGGAGGAUGAGGAAGGGCAGGAGGAGGAGGACGAGUGGGAGGAGGAGGAGACAUGGACGGCGAGGAAGGGGAGGACACGAGGAGGCAUGGAAGAUGAGGAAGUACGAGGAGGAGGAGGAGACAAGGAGGAUGAGGAAGGGCAGGAGGAGGAGGACGAGUGGGAGGAGGAGGAGACAUGGACGGCGAGGAAGGGGAGGACACGAGGAGGCAUGGAAGAUGAGGAAGUACGAGGAGGAGGAGGAGACAAGGAGGAUGAGGAAGGGCAGGAGGAGGAGGACGAGUGGGAGGAGGAGGAGACAUGGACGGCGAGGAAGGGGAGGACACGAGGAGGCAUGGAAGAUGAGGAAGUACGAGGAGGAGGAGGAGACAAGGAGGAUGAGGAAGGGCAGGAGGAGGAGGACGAGUGGGAGGAGGAGGAGACAUGGACGGCGAGGAAGGGGAGGACACGAGGAGGCAUGGAAGAUGAGGAAGUACGAGGAGGAGGAGGAGACAAGGAGGAUGAGGAAGGGCAGGAGGAGGAGGACGAGUGGGAGGAGGAGGAGACAUGGACGGCGAGGAAGGGGAGGACACGAGGAGGCAUGGAAGAUGAGGAAGUACGAGGAGGAGGAGGAGACAAGGAGGAUGAGGAAGGGCAGGAGGAGGAGGACGAGUGGGAGGAGGAGGAGACAUGGACGGCGAGGAAGGGGAGGACACGAGGAGGCAUGGAAGAUGAGGAAGUACGAGGAGGAGGAGGAGACAAGGAGGAUGAGGAAGGGCAGGAGGAGGAGGACGAGUGGGAGGAGGAGGAGACAUGGACGGCGAGGAAGGGGAGGACACGAGGAGGCAUGGAAGAUGAGGAAGUACGAGGAGGAGGAGGAGACAAGGAGGAUGAGGAAGGGCAGGAGGAGGAGGACGAGUGGGAGGAGGAGGAGACAUGGACGGCGAGGAAGGGGAGGACACGAGGAGGCAUGGAAGAUGAGGAAGUACGAGGAGGAGGAGGAGACAAGGAGGAUGAGGAAGGGCAGGAGGAGGAGGACGAGUGGGAGGAGGAGGAGACAUGGACGGCGAGGAAGGGGAGGACACGAGGAGGCAUGGAAGAUGAGGAAGUACGAGGAGGAGGAGGAGACAAGGAGGAUGAGGAAGGGCAGGAGGAGGAGGACGAGUGGGAGGAGGAGGAGACAUGGACGGCGAGGAAGGGGAGGACACGAGGAGGCAUGGAAGAUGAGGAAGAGGAGGAGGACGAGUGGGAGGAGGAGGAGACAUGGACGGCGAGGAAGGGGAGGACACGAGGAGGCAUGGAAGAUGAGGAAGUACGAGGAGGAGGAGGAGACAAGGAGGAUGAGGAAGGGCAGGAGGAGGAGGACGAGUGGGAGGAGGAGGAGACAUGGACGGCGAGGAAGGGGAGGACACGAGGAGGCAUGGAAGAUGAGGAAGUACGAGGAGGAGGAGGAGACAAGGAGGAUGAGGAAGGGCAGGAGGAGGAGGACGAGUGGGAGGAGGAGGAGACAUGGACGGCGAGGAAGGGGAGGACACGAGGAGGCAUGGAAGAUGAGGAAGUACGAGGAGGAGGAGGAGACAAGGAGGAUGAGGAAGGGCAGGAGGAGGAGGACGAGUGGGAGGAGGAGGAGACAUGGACGGCGAGGAAGGGGAGGACACGAGGAGGCAUGGAAGAUGAGGAAGUACGAGGAGGAGGAGGAGACAAGGAGGAUGAGGAAGGGCAGGAGGAGGAGGACGAGUGGGAGGAGGAGGAGACAUGGACGGCGAGGAAGGGGAGGACACGAGGAGGCAUGGAAGAUGAGGAAGUACGAGGAGGAGGAGGAGACAAGGAGGAUGAGGAAGGGCAGGAGGAGGAGGACGAGUGGGAGGAGGAGGAGACAUGGACGGCGAGGAAGGGGAGGACACGAGGAGGCAUGGAAGAUGAGGAAGUACGAGGAGGAGGAGGAGACAAGGAGGAUGAGGAAGGGCAGGAGGAGGAGGACGAGUGGGAGGAGGAGGAGACAUGGACGGCGAGGAAGGGGAGGACACGAGGAGGCAUGGAAGAUGAGGAAGUACGAGGAGGAGGAGGAGACAAGGAGGAUGAGGAAGGGCAGGAGGAGGAGGACGAGUGGGAGGAGGAGGAGACAUGGACGGCGAGGAAGGGGAGGACACGAGGAGGCAUGGAAGAUGAGGAAGUACGAGGAGGAGGAGGAGACAAGGAGGAUGAGGAAGGGCAGGAGGAGGAGGACGAGUGGGAGGAGGAGGAGACAUGGACGGCGAGGAAGGGGAGGACACGAGGAGGCAUGGAAGAUGAGGAAGUACGAGGAGGAGGAGGAGACAAGGAGGAUGAGGAAGGGCAGGAGGAGGAGGACGAGUGGGAGGAGGAGGAGACAUGGACGGCGAGGAAGGGGAGGACACGAGGAGGCAUGGAAGAUGAGGAAGUACGAGGAGGAGGAGGAGACAAGGAGGAUGAGGAAGGGCAGGAGGAGGAGGACGAGUGGGAGGAGGAGGAGACAUGGACGGCGAGGAAGGGGAGGACACGAGGAGGCAUGGAAGAUGAGGAAGUACGAGGAGGAGGAGGAGACAAGGAGGAUGAGGAAGGGCAGGAGGAGGAGGACGAGUGGGAGGAGGAGGAGACAUGGACGGCGAGGAAGGGGAGGACACGAGGAGGCAUGGAAGAUGAGGAAGUACGAGGAGGAGGAGGAGACAAGGAGGAUGAGGAAGGGCAGGAGGAGGAGGACGAGUGGGAGGAGGAGGAGACAUGGACGGCGAGGAAGGGGAGGACACGAGGAGGCAUGGAAGAUGAGGAAGUACGAGGAGGAGGAGGAGACAAGGAGGAUGAGGAAGGGCAGGAGGAGGAGGACGAGUGGGAGGAGGAGGAGACAUGGACGGCGAGGAAGGGGAGGACACGAGGAGGCAUGGAAGAUGAGGAAGUACGAGGAGGAGGAGGAGACAAGGAGGAUGAGGAAGGGCAGGAGGAGGAGGACGAGUGGGAGGAGGAGGAGACAUGGACGGCGAGGAAGGGGAGGACACGAGGAGGCAUGGAAGAUGAGGAAGUACGAGGAGGAGGAGGAGACAAGGAGGAUGAGGAAGGGCAGGAGGAGGAGGACGAGUGGGAGGAGGAGGAGACAUGGACGGCGAGGAAGGGGAGGACACGAGGAGGCAUGGAAGAUGAGGAAGUACGAGGAGGAGGAGGAGACAAGGAGGAUGAGGAAGGGCAGGAGGAGGAGGACGAGUGGGAGGAGGAGGAGACAUGGACGGCGAGGAAGGGGAGGACACGAGGAGGCAUGGAAGAUGAGGAAGUACGAGGAGGAGGAGGAGACAAGGAGGAUGAGGAAGGGCAGGAGGAGGAGGACGAGUGGGAGGAGGAGGAGACAUGGACGGCGAGGAAGGGGAGGACACGAGGAGGCAUGGAAGAUGAGGAAGUACGAGGAGGAGGAGGAGACAAGGAGGAUGAGGAAGGGCAGGAGGAGGAGGACGAGUGGGAGGAGGAGGAGACAUGGACGGCGAGGAAGGGGAGGACACGAGGAGGCAUGGAAGAUGAGGAAGUACGAGGAGGAGGAGGAGACAAGGAGGAUGAGGAAGGGCAGGAGGAGGAGGACGAGUGGGAGGAGGAGGAGACAUGGACGGCGAGGAAGGGGAGGACACGAGGAGGCAUGGAAGAUGAGGAAGUACGAGGAGGAGGAGGAGACAAGGAGGAUGAGGAAGGGCAGGAGGAGGAGGACGAGUGGGAGGAGGAGGAGACAUGGACGGCGAGGAAGGGGAGGACACGAGGAGGCAUGGAAGAUGAGGAAGUACGAGGAGGAGGAGGAGACAAGGAGGAUGAGGAAGGGCAGGAGGAGGAGGACGAGUGGGAGGAGGAGGAGACAUGGACGGCGAGGAAGGGGAGGACACGAGGAGGCAUGGAAGAUGAGGAAGUACGAGGAGGAGGAGGAGACAAGGAGGAUGAGGAAGGGCAGGAGGAGGAGGACGAGUGGGAGGAGGAGGAGACAUGGACGGCGAGGAAGGGGAGGACACGAGGAGGCAUGGAAGAUGAGGAAGUACGAGGAGGAGGAGGAGACAAGGAGGAUGAGGAAGGGCAGGAGGAGGAGGACGAGUGGGAGGAGGAGGAGACAUGGACGGCGAGGAAGGGGAGGACACGAGGAGGCAUGGAAGAUGAGGAAGUACGAGGAGGAGGAGGAGACAAGGAGGAUGAGGAAGGGCAGGAGGAGGAGGACGAGUGGGAGGAGGAGGAGACAUGGACGGCGAGGAAGGGGAGGACACGAGGAGGCAUGGAAGAUGAGGAAGUACGAGGAGGAGGAGGAGACAAGGAGGAUGAGGAAGGGCAGGAGGAGGAGGACGAGUGGGAGGAGGAGGAGACAUGGACGGCGAGGAAGGGGAGGACACGAGGAGGCAUGGAAGAUGAGGAAGUACGAGGAGGAGGAGGAGACAAGGAGGAUGAGGAAGGGCAGGAGGAGGAGGACGAGUGGGAGGAGGAGGAGACAUGGACGGCGAGGAAGGGGAGGACACGAGGAGGCAUGGAAGAUGAGGAAGUACGAGGAGGAGGAGGAGACAAGGAGGAUGAGGAAGGGCAGGAGGAGGAGGACGAGUGGGAGGAGGAGGAGACAUGGACGGCGAGGAAGGGGAGGACACGAGGAGGCAUGGAAGAUGAGGAAGUACGAGGAGGAGGAGGAGACAAGGAGGAUGAGGAAGGGCAGGAGGAGGAGGACGAGUGGGAGGAGGAGGAGACAUGGACGGCGAGGAAGGGGAGGACACGAGGAGGCAUGGAAGAUGAGGAAGUACGAGGAGGAGGAGGAGACAAGGAGGAUGAGGAAGGGCAGGAGGAGGAGGACGAGUGGGAGGAGGAGGAGACAUGGACGGCGAGGAAGGGGAGGACACGAGGAGGCAUGGAAGAUGAGGAAGUACGAGGAGGAGGAGGAGACAAGGAGGAUGAGGAAGGGCAGGAGGAGGAGGACGAGUGGGAGGAGGAGGAGACAUGGACGGCGAGGAAGGGGAGGACACGAGGAGGCAUGGAAGAUGAGGAAGUACGAGGAGGAGGAGGAGACAAGGAGGAUGAGGAAGGGCAGGAGGAGGAGGACGAGUGGGAGGAGGAGGAGACAUGGACGGCGAGGAAGGGGAGGACACGAGGAGGCAUGGAAGAUGAGGAAGUACGAGGAGGAGGAGGAGACAAGGAGGAUGAGGAAGGGCAGGAGGAGGAGGACGAGUGGGAGGAGGAGGAGACAUGGACGGCGAGGAAGGGGAGGACACGAGGAGGCAUGGAAGAUGAGGAAGUACGAGGAGGAGGAGGAGACAAGGAGGAUGAGGAAGGGCAGGAGGAGGAGGACGAGUGGGAGGAGGAGGAGACAUGGACGGCGAGGAAGGGGAGGACACGAGGAGGCAUGGAAGAUGAGGAAGUACGAGGAGGAGGAGGAGACAAGGAGGAUGAGGAAGGGCAGGAGGAGGAGGACGAGUGGGAGGAGGAGGAGACAUGGACGGCGAGGAAGGGGAGGACACGAGGAGGCAUGGAAGAUGAGGAAGUACGAGGAGGAGGAGGAGACAAGGAGGAUGAGGAAGGGCAGGAGGAGGAGGACGAGUGGGAGGAGGAGGAGACAUGGACGGCGAGGAAGGGGAGGACACGAGGAGGCAUGGAAGAUGAGGAAGUACGAGGAGGAGGAGGAGACAAGGAGGAUGAGGAAGGGCAGGAGGAGGAGGACGAGUGGGAGGAGGAGGAGACAUGGACGGCGAGGAAGGGGAGGACACGAGGAGGCAUGGAAGAUGAGGAAGUACGAGGAGGAGGAGGAGACAAGGAGGAUGAGGAAGGGCAGGAGGAGGAGGACGAGUGGGAGGAGGAGGAGACAUGGACGGCGAGGAAGGGGAGGACACGAGGAGGCAUGGAAGAUGAGGAAGUACGAGGAGGAGGAGGAGACAAGGAGGAUGAGGAAGGGCAGGAGGAGGAGGACGAGUGGGAGGAGGAGGAGACAUGGACGGCGAGGAAGGGGAGGACACGAGGAGGCAUGGAAGAUGAGGAAGUACGAGGAGGAGGAGGAGACAAGGAGGAUGAGGAAGGGCAGGAGGAGGAGGACGAGUGGGAGGAGGAGGAGACAUGGACGGCGAGGAAGGGGAGGACACGAGGAGGCAUGGAAGAUGAGGAAGUACGAGGAGGAGGAGGAGACAAGGAGGAUGAGGAAGGGCAGGAGGAGGAGGACGAGUGGGAGGAGGAGGAGACAUGGACGGCGAGGAAGGGGAGGACACGAGGAGGCAUGGAAGAUGAGGAAGUACGAGGAGGAGGAGGAGACAAGGAGGAUGAGGAAGGGCAGGAGGAGGAGGACGAGUGGGAGGAGGAGGAGACAUGGACGGCGAGGAAGGGGAGGACACGAGGAGGCAUGGAAGAUGAGGAAGUACGAGGAGGAGGAGGAGACAAGGAGGAUGAGGAAGGGCAGGAGGAGGAGGACGAGUGGGAGGAGGAGGAGACAUGGACGGCGAGGAAGGGGAGGACACGAGGAGGCAUGGAAGAUGAGGAAGUACGAGGAGGAGGAGGAGACAAGGAGGAUGAGGAAGGGCAGGAGGAGGAGGACGAGUGGGAGGAGGAGGAGACAUGGACGGCGAGGAAGGGGAGGACACGAGGAGGCAUGGAAGAUGAGGAAGUACGAGGAGGAGGAGGAGACAAGGAGGAUGAGGAAGGGCAGGAGGAGGAGGACGAGUGGGAGGAGGAGGAGACAUGGACGGCGAGGAAGGGGAGGACACGAGGAGGCAUGGAAGAUGAGGAAGUACGAGGAGGAGGAGGAGACAAGGAGGAUGAGGAAGGGCAGGAGGAGGAGGACGAGUGGGAGGAGGAGGAGACAUGGACGGCGAGGAAGGGGAGGACACGAGGAGGCAUGGAAGAUGAGGAAGUACGAGGAGGAGGAGGAGACAAGGAGGAUGAGGAAGGGCAGGAGGAGGAGGACGAGUGGGAGGAGGAGGAGACAUGGACGGCGAGGAAGGGGAGGACACGAGGAGGCAUGGAAGAUGAGGAAGUACGAGGAGGAGGAGGAGACAAGGAGGAUGAGGAAGGGCAGGAGGAGGAGGACGAGUGGGAGGAGGAGGAGACAUGGACGGCGAGGAAGGGGAGGACACGAGGAGGCAUGGAAGAUGAGGAAGUACGAGGAGGAGGAGGAGACAAGGAGGAUGAGGAAGGGCAGGAGGAGGAGGACGAGUGGGAGGAGGAGGAGACAUGGACGGCGAGGAAGGGGAGGACACGAGGAGGCAUGGAAGAUGAGGAAGUACGAGGAGGAGGAGGAGACAAGGAGGAUGAGGAAGGGCAGGAGGAGGAGGACGAGUGGGAGGAGGAGGAGACAUGGACGGCGAGGAAGGGGAGGACACGAGGAGGCAUGGAAGAUGAGGAAGUACGAGGAGGAGGAGGAGACAAGGAGGAUGAGGAAGGGCAGGAGGAGGAGGACGAGUGGGAGGAGGAGGAGACAUGGACGGCGAGGAAGGGGAGGACACGAGGAGGCAUGGAAGAUGAGGAAGUACGAGGAGGAGGAGGAGACAAGGAGGAUGAGGAAGGGCAGGAGGAGGAGGACGAGUGGGAGGAGGAGGAGACAUGGACGGCGAGGAAGGGGAGGACACGAGGAGGCAUGGAAGAUGAGGAAGUACGAGGAGGAGGAGGAGACAAGGAGGAUGAGGAAGGGCAGGAGGAGGAGGACGAGUGGGAGGAGGAGGAGACAUGGACGGCGAGGAAGGGGAGGACACGAGGAGGCAUGGAAGAUGAGGAAGUACGAGGAGGAGGAGGAGACAAGGAGGAUGAGGAAGGGCAGGAGGAGGAGGACGAGUGGGAGGAGGAGGAGACAUGGACGGCGAGGAAGGGGAGGACACGAGGAGGCAUGGAAGAUGAGGAAGUACGAGGAGGAGGAGGAGACAAGGAGGAUGAGGAAGGGCAGGAGGAGGAGGACGAGUGGGAGGAGGAGGAGACAUGGACGGCGAGGAAGGGGAGGACACGAGGAGGCAUGGAAGAUGAGGAAGUACGAGGAGGAGGAGGAGACAAGGAGGAUGAGGAAGGGCAGGAGGAGGAGGACGAGUGGGAGGAGGAGGAGACAUGGACGGCGAGGAAGGGGAGGACACGAGGAGGCAUGGAAGAUGAGGAAGUACGAGGAGGAGGAGGAGACAAGGAGGAUGAGGAAGGGCAGGAGGAGGAGGACGAGUGGGAGGAGGAGGAGACAUGGACGGCGAGGAAGGGGAGGACACGAGGAGGCAUGGAAGAUGAGGAAGUACGAGGAGGAGGAGGAGACAAGGAGGAUGAGGAAGGGCAGGAGGAGGAGGACGAGUGGGAGGAGGAGGAGACAUGGACGGCGAGGAAGGGGAGGACACGAGGAGGCAUGGAAGAUGAGGAAGUACGAGGAGGAGGAGGAGACAAGGAGGAUGAGGAAGGGCAGGAGGAGGAGGACGAGUGGGAGGAGGAGGAGACAUGGACGGCGAGGAAGGGGAGGACACGAGGAGGCAUGGAAGAUGAGGAAGUACGAGGAGGAGGAGGAGACAAGGAGGAUGAGGAAGGGCAGGAGGAGGAGGACGAGUGGGAGGAGGAGGAGACAUGGACGGCGAGGAAGGGGAGGACACGAGGAGGCAUGGAAGAUGAGGAAGUACGAGGAGGAGGAGGAGACAAGGAGGAUGAGGAAGGGCAGGAGGAGGAGGACGAGUGGGAGGAGGAGGAGACAUGGACGGCGAGGAAGGGGAGGACACGAGGAGGCAUGGAAGAUGAGGAAGUACGAGGAGGAGGAGGAGACAAGGAGGAUGAGGAAGGGCAGGAGGAGGAGGACGAGUGGGAGGAGGAGGAGACAUGGACGGCGAGGAAGGGGAGGACACGAGGAGGCAUGGAAGAUGAGGAAGUACGAGGAGGAGGAGGAGACAAGGAGGAUGAGGAAGGGCAGGAGGAGGAGGACGAGUGGGAGGAGGAGGAGACAUGGACGGCGAGGAAGGGGAGGACACGAGGAGGCAUGGAAGAUGAGGAAGUACGAGGAGGAGGAGGAGACAAGGAGGAUGAGGAAGGGCAGGAGGAGGAGGACGAGUGGGAGGAGGAGGAGACAUGGACGGCGAGGAAGGGGAGGACACGAGGAGGCAUGGAAGAUGAGGAAGUACGAGGAGGAGGAGGAGACAAGGAGGAUGAGGAAGGGCAGGAGGAGGAGGACGAGUGGGAGGAGGAGGAGACAUGGACGGCGAGGAAGGGGAGGACACGAGGAGGCAUGGAAGAUGAGGAAGUACGAGGAGGAGGAGGAGACAAGGAGGAUGAGGAAGGGCAGGAGGAGGAGGACGAGUGGGAGGAGGAGGAGACAUGGACGGCGAGGAAGGGGAGGACACGAGGAGGCAUGGAAGAUGAGGAAGUACGAGGAGGAGGAGGAGACAAGGAGGAUGAGGAAGGGCAGGAGGAGGAGGACGAGUGGGAGGAGGAGGAGACAUGGACGGCGAGGAAGGGGAGGACACGAGGAGGCAUGGAAGAUGAGGAAGUACGAGGAGGAGGAGGAGACAAGGAGGAUGAGGAAGGGCAGGAGGAGGAGGACGAGUGGGAGGAGGAGGAGACAUGGACGGCGAGGAAGGGGAGGACACGAGGAGGCAUGGAAGAUGAGGAAGUACGAGGAGGAGGAGGAGACAAGGAGGAUGAGGAAGGGCAGGAGGAGGAGGACGAGUGGGAGGAGGAGGAGACAUGGACGGCGAGGAAGGGGAGGACACGAGGAGGCAUGGAAGAUGAGGAAGUACGAGGAGGAGGAGGAGACAAGGAGGAUGAGGAAGGGCAGGAGGAGGAGGACGAGUGGGAGGAGGAGGAGACAUGGACGGCGAGGAAGGGGAGGACACGAGGAGGCAUGGAAGAUGAGGAAGUACGAGGAGGAGGAGGAGACAAGGAGGAUGAGGAAGGGCAGGAGGAGGAGGACGAGUGGGAGGAGGAGGAGACAUGGACGGCGAGGAAGGGGAGGACACGAGGAGGCAUGGAAGAUGAGGAAGUACGAGGAGGAGGAGGAGACAAGGAGGAUGAGGAAGGGCAGGAGGAGGAGGACGAGUGGGAGGAGGAGGAGACAUGGACGGCGAGGAAGGGGAGGACACGAGGAGGCAUGGAAGAUGAGGAAGUACGAGGAGGAGGAGGAGACAAGGAGGAUGAGGAAGGGCAGGAGGAGGAGGACGAGUGGGAGGAGGAGGAGACAUGGACGGCGAGGAAGGGGAGGACACGAGGAGGCAUGGAAGAUGAGGAAGUACGAGGAGGAGGAGGAGACAAGGAGGAUGAGGAAGGGCAGGAGGAGGAGGACGAGUGGGAGGAGGAGGAGACAUGGACGGCGAGGAAGGGGAGGACACGAGGAGGCAUGGAAGAUGAGGAAGUACGAGGAGGAGGAGGAGACAAGGAGGAUGAGGAAGGGCAGGAGGAGGAGGACGAGUGGGAGGAGGAGGAGACAUGGACGGCGAGGAAGGGGAGGACACGAGGAGGCAUGGAAGAUGAGGAAGUACGAGGAGGAGGAGGAGACAAGGAGGAUGAGGAAGGGCAGGAGGAGGAGGACGAGUGGGAGGAGGAGGAGACAUGGACGGCGAGGAAGGGGAGGACACGAGGAGGCAUGGAAGAUGAGGAAGUACGAGGAGGAGGAGGAGACAAGGAGGAUGAGGAAGGGCAGGAGGAGGAGGACGAGUGGGAGGAGGAGGAGACAUGGACGGCGAGGAAGGGGAGGACACGAGGAGGCAUGGAAGAUGAGGAAGUACGAGGAGGAGGAGGAGACAAGGAGGAUGAGGAAGGGCAGGAGGAGGAGGACGAGUGGGAGGAGGAGGAGACAUGGACGGCGAGGAAGGGGAGGACACGAGGAGGCAUGGAAGAUGAGGAAGUACGAGGAGGAGGAGGAGACAAGGAGGAUGAGGAAGGGCAGGAGGAGGAGGACGAGUGGGAGGAGGAGGAGACAUGGACGGCGAGGAAGGGGAGGACACGAGGAGGCAUGGAAGAUGAGGAAGUACGAGGAGGAGGAGGAGACAAGGAGGAUGAGGAAGGGCAGGAGGAGGAGGACGAGUGGGAGGAGGAGGAGACAUGGACGGCGAGGAAGGGGAGGACACGAGGAGGCAUGGAAGAUGAGGAAGUACGAGGAGGAGGAGGAGACAAGGAGGAUGAGGAAGGGCAGGAGGAGGAGGACGAGUGGGAGGAGGAGGAGACAUGGACGGCGAGGAAGGGGAGGACACGAGGAGGCAUGGAAGAUGAGGAAGUACGAGGAGGAGGAGGAGACAAGGAGGAUGAGGAAGGGCAGGAGGAGGAGGACGAGUGGGAGGAGGAGGAGACAUGGACGGCGAGGAAGGGGAGGACACGAGGAGGCAUGGAAGAUGAGGAAGUACGAGGAGGAGGAGGAGACAAGGAGGAUGAGGAAGGGCAGGAGGAGGAGGACGAGUGGGAGGAGGAGGAGACAUGGACGGCGAGGAAGGGGAGGACACGAGGAGGCAUGGAAGAUGAGGAAGUACGAGGAGGAGGAGGAGACAAGGAGGAUGAGGAAGGGCAGGAGGAGGAGGACGAGUGGGAGGAGGAGGAGACAUGGACGGCGAGGAAGGGGAGGACACGAGGAGGCAUGGAAGAUGAGGAAGUACGAGGAGGAGGAGGAGACAAGGAGGAUGAGGAAGGGCAGGAGGAGGAGGACGAGUGGGAGGAGGAGGAGACAUGGACGGCGAGGAAGGGGAGGACACGAGGAGGCAUGGAAGAUGAGGAAGUACGAGGAGGAGGAGGAGACAAGGAGGAUGAGGAAGGGCAGGAGGAGGAGGACGAGUGGGAGGAGGAGGAGACAUGGACGGCGAGGAAGGGGAGGACACGAGGAGGCAUGGAAGAUGAGGAAGUACGAGGAGGAGGAGGAGACAAGGAGGAUGAGGAAGGGCAGGAGGAGGAGGACGAGUGGGAGGAGGAGGAGACAUGGACGGCGAGGAAGGGGAGGACACGAGGAGGCAUGGAAGAUGAGGAAGUACGAGGAGGAGGAGGAGACAAGGAGGAUGAGGAAGGGCAGGAGGAGGAGGACGAGUGGGAGGAGGAGGAGACAUGGACGGCGAGGAAGGGGAGGACACGAGGAGGCAUGGAAGAUGAGGAAGUACGAGGAGGAGGAGGAGACAAGGAGGAUGAGGAAGGGCAGGAGGAGGAGGACGAGUGGGAGGAGGAGGAGACAUGGACGGCGAGGAAGGGGAGGACACGAGGAGGCAUGGAAGAUGAGGAAGUACGAGGAGGAGGAGGAGACAAGGAGGAUGAGGAAGGGCAGGAGGAGGAGGACGAGUGGGAGGAGGAGGAGACAUGGACGGCGAGGAAGGGGAGGACACGAGGAGGCAUGGAAGAUGAGGAAGUACGAGGAGGAGGAGGAGACAAGGAGGAUGAGGAAGGGCAGGAGGAGGAGGACGAGUGGGAGGAGGAGGAGACAUGGACGGCGAGGAAGGGGAGGACACGAGGAGGCAUGGAAGAUGAGGAAGUACGAGGAGGAGGAGGAGACAAGGAGGAUGAGGAAGGGCAGGAGGAGGAGGACGAGUGGGAGGAGGAGGAGACAUGGACGGCGAGGAAGGGGAGGACACGAGGAGGCAUGGAAGAUGAGGAAGUACGAGGAGGAGGAGGAGACAAGGAGGAUGAGGAAGGGCAGGAGGAGGAGGACGAGUGGGAGGAGGAGGAGACAUGGACGGCGAGGAAGGGGAGGACACGAGGAGGCAUGGAAGAUGAGGAAGUACGAGGAGGAGGAGGAGACAAGGAGGAUGAGGAAGGGCAGGAGGAGGAGGACGAGUGGGAGGAGGAGGAGACAUGGACGGCGAGGAAGGGGAGGACACGAGGAGGCAUGGAAGAUGAGGAAGUACGAGGAGGAGGAGGAGACAAGGAGGAUGAGGAAGGGCAGGAGGAGGAGGACGAGUGGGAGGAGGAGGAGACAUGGACGGCGAGGAAGGGGAGGACACGAGGAGGCAUGGAAGAUGAGGAAGUACGAGGAGGAGGAGGAGACAAGGAGGAUGAGGAAGGGCAGGAGGAGGAGGACGAGUGGGAGGAGGAGGAGACAUGGACGGCGAGGAAGGGGAGGACACGAGGAGGCAUGGAAGAUGAGGAAGUACGAGGAGGAGGAGGAGACAAGGAGGAUGAGGAAGGGCAGGAGGAGGAGGACGAACAGGAGGAGGAUGAGUCGGAGGAGACGGAAAGGAGAAGGGAGGAGGAGACAUGGAGGAUGAGGAAGGGGAGGAGGAGCAAGCGUUUCACGCCCAAGUGUAUCGCUGACGUCUGUCAAAAGCCUCGUGGUGAUGCCCUUAGCGCACUUGGUAUUUAUCUCCACCACGAAACAAUUCCGAUUCGCCUUGACGCACGCUAUGGCGCCUGUACCGGAACCGGAGAAACCAUCCAGAGCGCAAGCCCCGGCGGGAGAAAAGUUGUUCACAAGCCAGAGUACAAAGUAUAUGGCUUCUGGUACGGGCAGAGGACACUGCCACCAGGGUGCUGUUUUGCGCAAGAAUUGCGUGACAACGACAAUGACGAGGAGGAAGCGAGCGACGACGAUGACGAGGAAGAGGAAUCGAGCGACGACGAUGUCGAGGAAUUGAGCGAGGAGGAGGAUUCAGAAGACAUAGACUCUGAGGAUGAUGAAGUAAAGGACAAGUCAGAAAUUGAUGUCGACAUGUUCAAGAAGAGUCUAUCUGGAGAACUUUUAGGAGAAGCGAAGCAGAUAGCAGUACAGGAGGUGAGAAGAGGAUUGUACAGCAAAUCAAGCAAGAGUGAGAAACCUCCUUACAACUUGGGAAAACGAGGUAGGAACGUACGAGUGUACAACAAGAAAGUUAACUACCACGUGAACAUGAAGAAUGUCGAAUUAGUUUUCAAGGAAGAUUGUUGCAAGGCCAAAUGUUACAAAAAGUUCACGGUAAAAGAUGUUUUCUACAAGCGAGAAGAAUUUUGGGCGAUAAAACAUCUUAAGCAAGUCAACUUCCUUCUCGCAGAGAUGAGGGUUGCGUAUUUUUCGAAUGAUGGAGAUUUAGAGGUGUUAAGAGUGACAUUCAACGGCAUAAAGGUUUGCACAAAAGCGUGGGGAAGUUGUACAGAUGCUCGACUACACGUGUUGCAAAGCUACGCAAAGACUUCAGAGUCGGACCAGUGUUGUAACUACCGUCGUGUGCUGACUGUCGUCGUGGUCCCUGUGCAGGUCGCCGACGUGGAGCACGAUUAUGGCACCCAGUUAAAGUUUGGACUCCGUGCAAGGUUCGAUCCGUGGUCGUCUUAUUCGCAGGCUACAAGUGGUGGGGGCUGGCUUGGAAAACGUGUUAGUACUUUAGAAGAACAGGUUGCUAAGAUCAGCAUAAGGCACAAUGCUGAAGAAGCUCAAGAGCGCGAUGAACAAGAAGAAGCCGAGAAAAAAAGAAGAUUACGAGAAAACGAAGAUCGACAUUUGCGGGACAAACACGAAAGGGAAGAAUAUCAGGCACGCAUGCAAAAGGAAAUGGGGGAGAAACUGGACAAGGUAGUUGAAGCGAUUAAUGGAAAUAAGUCCGAUGGGAGUGAUGAAGUUGCGAAGCUCAAGGCUGAGGUGGAAAGUCUGAAGCAAAUGCAUCAUCGAACAAGUACUUCUGUUAUUGUGAACAGACCAGGAGGGAAGAGUGACGAGAUGGUGCGCUUACGGUGGGAGCAAGCCGAGAUGAAGAGUGCUGCUGAGAAACGUUUUGCCUCUUUGAAGGAUGUGAUCCUGGCACUCCAGCGUCAGUGUGAAGAAGCCGAAAAUAAUGCAGAGGUAUGGAGAAUUUGGAGAAAUGAAGCCUUGCGUCCUGGGAACAAGCGUGGCUGUGUGGUCAUUUGCCAAACUCCUAGGACUGAAGCUCGGGUUCGCCCUCGUGUUACACCGGCGGUGGCUCCUAAUGUUGCUCGUCAGGUUGAUCCACAGCUCAAAGGUAUUGUUGAGAGACAUGAAGCUGAAGUUGAGUUGCUCAAGGAAAUGCGAUUGAAGGAAGUCAAUGCUCGGAAGGAGUCCGAGAAGGAGAUUGAAGCACUGGAGAACGAAUUGGCAAAGAUGCAAACUGAUAAAAAGAAGAAGACUAGUACUAAUCUGAAGGAACGAUUGGACAAGGCUGUUGGGCCAUCCGCCAGGAAAGGGAAGGAGAAAGUGGUGGCCAGUCCUGUGAAUAUGGCGGUCAAUCGUGAUGCUUUUCUCAAGAAUGUUAGACGGGAGCUGCGUGGUUUGAACAAGGAGUCAAUCAUGGCUAUCUGUCAACGUGAAGGGGUGGUCUAUACUACCUUGGAUCCAACUAAGGAGGAUAUUGCUCUCAAACAGGCAUCUCGGGCUUUUGACACUACUGGAGGUAAAGACUUGGUGCUAAGGUUGCCGAUAAUGUUGUGGUUGAAGUUUGAAUUCCAGUUGAAGUUUGGAUUCUGUGCAAGGUUCGAUCCGUGGUCGGUGUUACUAGGGAGGACCGGUGGUACGGGGCUUCCCCACCCGAUGUUACAUUCCUACUCAAAGUGCAACAAGAGCGACUCCAACAAUCCUCCUUCUAUGGUGGCUUUCCCUCUGAAUUCCACGAAGCCCUUGUGCCCCUUCAGCUUCCUCGGCGUCGGGAAGGGUCUAUCUGCGGCACGUGUAGGUAGAGGGGACCAAAGGUUGAGUGGGGGUGUGGGCGUCAUGCAUGAGUGAAAAGGUGGGUCUGACGUGAGUAAAAAGACUAUGUAUAAAAGUGGGACAAAAUACUAUUUGAUAAAAUGACGGAGAAUUUUCUCCUCCUUACCAUUUUCCAUUCGUUAGUGAGUUGGGUGAACUUGCUUGCUAUUUCUGAAGGAUAAUCGAUGACUGCCGUGAGAAAAAUCAUUUUGAAAACAGAAAGAGAAUCAAAGCAUAAUGAAUUUAACUUUUCCCG